CGAGGGUCCGCGGGGCAGAGGACCCCCGAGCCGCGCGUCUCCGAGCUGCAGCCGCCGCGCCCCGGCCGCCGCCUGGCUCCCCGCCGGCCUCGGGAAGGGCAGGGCUAUUCAGAGGCUUGGCGGGAAAAAAGAGAACAGAGGGGAGGGAUCGUGCUCAGCAAUAUAAACGCUGGUUUUCUGGGCUUCUCCGACUCGCUGUAAUAAUCCCUGCGAGAGACAGAGGGAGCGAGCGGGCGCGUCCGCCCGGGUGGAAGAGCAGAGCGAGCGGAGAGCGAGGCGAGGGGCGCUCCGGGCGCCCCGGGGAAGGGAGACCCGGAGUCACAGGGGGGCCUCUCCGCCUCCGAGCCCCCGCCCGCGGGGCGCGCGACCCCCCGCCGCUCCCACGGAACUUUGCCCGCCGCCGCGGGCGGACACUUGGCUCCCCCUCUCCUCCCCUUUUUGGAACUUACAACCACCCGAGAGCGAGGAGAACGCGACUCUCCGGACGCGCAGAGGCUCUACCCCUUCGCCUAUUUGGGAAGACACUUCUCCCCGCCGCCGCCCGCGCCCGGCUGCCCUGAAAGGCGCUCCCCGCCGCAUUUUGGACGCUGGAUCUCCUCCGGAGAGUGGAAAACCCGGCUGCCGCGAUGCCUCUCAACGUCAGCUUCGCCAAUAGGAACUAUGACCUCGACUACGACUCGGUGCAGCCGUAUUUCUACUGCGACGAGGAGGAGAACUUCUACCAGCAGCAGCAGCAGAGCGAGCUGCAGCCGCCGGCGCCCAGCGAGGAUAUCUGGAAGAAAUUCGAGCUGCUGCCCACCCCGCCGCUGUCCCCGAGCCGCCGCUCCGGGCUCUGCUCGCCCUCCUACGUUGCGGUCGCGUCCUUCUCCCCCCGGGGGGACGAUGACGGCGGCGGCGGCAGCUUCUCCACGGCCGACCAGUUGGAGAUGGUGACCGAGCUGCUGGGAGGAGACAUGGUGAACCAGAGCUUCAUCUGCGACCCGGACGACGAGACCUUCAUCAAAAACAUCAUCAUCCAGGACUGCAUGUGGAGCGGCUUCUCGGCCGCCGCCAAGCUCGUCUCCGAGAAGCUGGCCUCCUACCAGGCUGCGCGCAAAGACAGCGGCAGCCCGAGCCCCGCCCGCGGGCCCGGCGGCUGCUCCACCUCCAGCCUGUACCUGCAGGACCUGAGCGCCGCCGCCUCCGAGUGCAUCGACCCCUCCGUGGUCUUCCCCUACCCGCUCAAUGACAGCAGCUCGCCCAAGCCCUGCGCCUCCCCCGACUCGGCCGCCUUCUCCCCGUCCUCGGACUCUCUGCUCUCCUCGGCCGAGUCCUCCCCCCGGGCCAGCCCCGAGCCCCUGGCGCUGCACGAGGAGACACCGCCCACCACCAGCAGCGACUCGGAGGAAGAACAAGAGGACGAAGAAGAAAUUGAUGUUGUUUCUGUGGAAAAAAGGCAGCCCCCUGCCAAAAGGUCCGAAUCGGGGUCCCCCUCUGCUGGAGGCCACAGCAAACCUCCUCACAGCCCGCUGGUCCUUAAGAGAUGCCAUGUGUCCACCCAUCAGCACAACUACGCGGCACCCCCCUCCACCAGGAAGGACUAUCCCGCCGCCAAGAGGGCGAGGUUGGACAGUGGUAGAGUCCUGAAACAGAUCAGCAACAACCGCAAAUGUGCCAGCCCCAGGUCUUCGGACACGGAGGAGAAUGACAAGAGGCGAACACACAACGUCUUGGAGCGCCAGAGGAGGAACGAGCUGAAACGGAGCUUCUUUGCCCUGCGUGAUCAGAUCCCGGAGUUGGAAAACAAUGAAAAGGCCCCCAAGGUAGUGAUCCUUAAAAAAGCCACCGCGUACAUCCUGUCCGUCCAAGCCGAGGAGCAAAAGCUCCUUUCCGAAAAGGACUUGUUGCGGAAGCGACGAGAACAGUUGAAACACAAACUGGAACAGCUAAGGAACUCUGGUGCCUAAGUCCACCUAUUGGAGGGAGGAACUGGAAUCGGUCAUGAAUUCUCACUUGUUACUAAGGGAAAGUAAGGAAAAAGGUUCCUUCUGCCAGAACUGUAGGGGAUCCUCAUAUCUGAACUUGUUUCAAAUGCAUGUUUAAGUGCAACCUCACAACCUUGGCUGAGCCUUAGGAUUGAAAAGGUUUAGCCGCGAUGUAAACUGCCUCAAAUGGGACUUUGGGCAUAAAAAGAACUUUUUUUUUAUGCUUGCCAUCUUUUUUUUUUCUUUCUUUUAACAGAUUUGUAUUUAAGAAUUGUUUUUAAAAAAUCGUAAAGUUUACCCCAUUUUCCUGUGUAAAUAUGGUCAUGAAAUGUAAAUAACUUUAAUAAAACGUUUAUAGCAGUUAUACAAAAAUUCAAACCAUGUAUUAUAAACCAUAAUUUUUUUUAUUUAAGUACAUGUUCCUUUUUAAAGUUGAUUUUUUCUAUUGUUUUUAGAAAAAAUAAAAUA